UCAAGUGCUCCUCACUCCGGCUGAAUGUCAGUGCAUGUAAAUCUCGUGAACCCCAUCAUGUCCCCGAAAAGGGUGAAAUGAUGUAGUGAAUUGGUGUGAAAAAGGGUUGAGCGCAGAAACCGAAAAAUUUUGGCAACUGAGGUUUUCUCAGGUAGUGAAGGGGAGUGGGGCGGUUACCGUGUGGUUAAAUACGUCUCCUUUUUGCGGAUGACACUUGCUCGGUCGCCUUGCUGGCGAUUUGACAGGGUGAGAUAAAAAAAAAUAAACAGAGAAUUAUCGAGAGCAUCGACAAGUGGAUAAUGCAGGCCUGGGGAGUGACGAUUGUCACGGGCAUCUGUCGACGAUUGAUUUUGUCAUCAAUUGCACGUUAAUCAGGGAAUUUAUUGAAAAAUGAACAUAAUGAGGAAAUUGAGGGGUGGCAACGCCGUGGGGGGAAUGGGCUCCAGUGGGACUGGAAGUGUGGAUGAUUGCAUGGGGGGCACCAAUCCACAACACACUGCACUUGGUCUGAUGCAUCUCAAGAAGCUUUUCUCGGAGUAUACUCAUCCACCUAAUCCACUGUCCGAGGCUGAGAAGGAUGAUAAACUUUAUAAUAUGCUGCCACUUUUUUGCAAGGUAUUCGGUUCAUCCCCCUCAACCGACAUGAACGAAAAAUUCUGGGACAUCCUAGCCUUCACCCAGCAAGUCUCAAAGCUGAUGGUCUCCGAAAUUCGUAGACGUGCCUCUAACCAGAGCACAGAAACCGCGAGUUGUGCAAUCGUAAAAUUCCUAGAGAUCGAGAAUAGCGAAGAAUCAUCCAACGGUUGGAUGCUGCUUUCCGCGUUAAACCUCCUAGCAGCAGGGGAUACCUCCCUGAUCCAAGCGAUGACAACCGCCGCAGUCCCCUCGACCCUCGUAAAAUGCCUCUACCUCUUUUUCGACCUUCCCGAAAUGUCUGACGUGGAGGCAGACACUCGCGACGCCGAGAGUGAGUUUAGCCCCCGUGAGCGUAGAAUCCUCCUCCAAAAGAUAUUCGUGCAGCUCCUGGUGCGCCUUUGCAGCCACCCAUACCCAGCUGAGGAGCUCGCCCGAAAGGACGACCUGACCCUCCUCUUCUCAGCGAUAACAACAGGCUGUCCCCAAUACAACGUAAUGUGGCGAAAGAGCGCUGCUGAGGUUCUCAUGACCCUCUCGCGUCACGGUUUAACCCAGAACGUUGUCGCCUACAUCCACAACAAGGGCUGCAUAGCCCUCUGCAUCGACAACAUGCAACGUGUACCUGAAUUAGCGCCCCUAGAAGUUGUCGAGAUGUUCGUAACUGUUUUCUGUUUCCUAAAAGACUCCAGCGAAGUGUCGCAAACACUGCUGGACGACUUCCGGUCAUGCCAGGGUUACAUAUUCCUGUCUGAAUUUCUCCUGAGGCACGCGCCCUCGAGACUGGAGCAGGAGGAGAAGGGCGAGGCCCAGGACGCAAUAAGAAAUCUCGUCCUGAUGCUAGCGUCCUUAACGAUGUGUGGGCACACAGAGCUGAAGCCCUCUCAAGCCAGCAUGGGCUCACUGUUCCAAAUAAUGGGCUUUACUCUCCCUCAACCCAGCAAUCGAGGGGGCUCAGUCAGGAACAUUCAGGCCUUUCAAGUCCUUCAAUCAGUUUUCGUUAAGUCAAAUUCACCACUCCUUUGCUGCACUAUUCUCGAUGCCAUAUCAAGUGUUUAUCACAGUGACAAUGCCAACUACUUCAUACUCGAGGGACAGAAUACAUUAUCACAAUUUGCUGAGAAAAUCCAUCUUAAAAAUCCAGAGAUACAGGAGAAAUUCUUUCAAUUACUCGAAUUUAUCGUAUUCCAGUUGAACUUUGUGCCUUGCAAGGAGCUCAUAUCUCUGUCGAUAUUACUAAAGUCAAAUAAUUCAGUCAAUUGUUGUAUAAUGUGCAUGGAGACACUGUUGAACAUACUUAGACAUAAUGUUAUAUUCAAGGAUGUAUACAGGGAAGUUGGUAUGCUUGAGGUAUUUGUUACGUGUCUUCAUCGUUAUGCUACAUUGUUGAAGGACAAACAGUCGGCUAAUGAUCAGGGUCUCGAGUACAAAAUGUGUGUUGAGCAGGAGAGGAUGGGGGCACUGGUGAUGGAGGCAUUGACAACAUUGCUAGCUGGUAAUGUCCAGAAUGCUAAUGUCUUCAGAGAGUGCACGGGUGCAAGGUGUGCGCACAAUCUAGUCCCUCACCUCGACUGCCGACAUCAGGCCCUGGGAAUCGUGAGGGAAUUGAUACUGUCAGCUGGGGGGGACGACGACAUGGCGACCCUUCUGGGGAUAAUGCACUCGGCGCCCCCUAAUGCCCUCGUCCUCAAGACCCACAUUCUGAAGACACUGUUGGCUUGUCUGAGGGAGUCCCACAGGACUCGAACAGUCUUUAGGAAAGUCGGGGGGUUCGUCUACGUGAUGUCUGUUCUGGUUUCUCUGGAGGGACAGUUGGGCUCUCAGCCACCGAAGCCGGUGGAGCCCUGCAAUGAUAUCCCACAGAGGAGCCAGCAAGACGAGAACCAACUUUUGACACUCCUCCAUGUCGUCUUCCACACGAUAAGCACAGCUAUGAGGUUCGAGCCGGCAAAUGCCAAGUUUUUUCACCUUGAGAUAUGCCAGUCGAGUCUCUGUGACACCCUCAGGCUCCUCGGGUGUUUCUCGUCUCAGGUGAGACUCGGGGAGAUGAACAUGAGACCCACCAUGAAUUUCCAUAACACUCUUACGAGCCUGUUCAAUGGAAGUGUCGUGGAGCCCUCGUUCCCCCCGGAGAUGCCGAAGAACCUGGCUUACGCCUGUCUCUUGAUGAGACUCCUGUACGACGUCGCCCUCGACACCUUCGACAAACCAAAUUUCGCUGCUAUUGGCACGCGUUCGCCCUCCCACCGACAAUCAUCAAACCUGGAGAACCAGAAGUCUCUGGAUUCCCCAGGAAGCGGAAAAAGGGCAGCUGUUAGCUCUCUUAACCUGAACCCCCCGGUGCCAGAACCCAUCAUCGUGCACCCGGGUAUCGUAGUAGGAAUGCUGCACCUCGUGCCGUCGAUAGAAGAGCCCUCCCUCCCGGAAUUCGCUCUAGCCCUCCAGAUCUACGUAGCCGAGGUAAUAAAGAGCCUCGUAAGGACCGAGAGGAAUCAGCAAGUGAUGUGUGACUCAGGGAUGGCAGGGGAACUCUUGACCAUGGGGAGGAUAGCCCUACAGGACGAGACCCAUCCCCUGCAUCAGCCCUUACAGUACAUCAUUGAGAGGCUUGCGGCGCAGUCCCUCGAGCCGAAGGACCUCCGUGAGUUCUUCAGACUGGGGGAUCCUCUCUGCUGCAUCUCCUUGGAUGAUAUCGACCAGAACAAGCCAAGAGGAGGACCCGUUCCGUUAACACGGAUAAAGACUCUCGUCUCCAUGACGACGCCCAAGGACUUCAGGGCUCACGGCUCCUGCACGCUUCCACCGUUCGUCGAAUUCGACAUGAGUGCAGAGGGCUUCGCUUGUCUCUAUCUACCGAGCAUUGCUCCCCAGAGCACAACCCCUCCGACAGUGGUAUCAGCUGACAACAGCGUCCUGGGGGGGAUUGGCUCUGGGGACCGGCUCUUCCCCCCCCAGACGGGGCUGACCUACAGCACGUGGAUCUGCGUGGACAAAUUUUCCGAUUGCAAGACGGAUCCUCACUGUGUCAGACUGCUGACGCUUGUCAGAAGCCCACCCUCGGGGGCUCGGGACCUCAUCUGCUUCGCGGCUGUCCUCAGCGCCAGGGACAAAGCCAUUAUAGUCUCGACGCAAGAGAUAACUAUGCCUCAGAGCAUCGGAGAGUGGGAGCCGGAGGGGAUCGGUGAGAGCGGAGCUCGGGUCUGGUGUCCUGAUCUCCUCCAUGAGGGACAGUGGCAUCACAUCGCGAUCGUUCUUAACAGGGCUGUCCUGAAGAACUCAAGCUUCUCGCUAUACCUAGAUGGCCAACAUAUACAGAGCCAGAAGCUUCAUUACAUCUCACAAACGCCGGGUGGUGGCGCUGCGAACCUAACGGUGGCGUCCCCGGUCUAUGGGUACAUUGGGACUCCCCCUUGUUGGAGGAGAUACUCGAGAUUAACUUGGAAACAGGGGCCGUGCCACUUGGUUGAGGAAGUCUUCAACUCUCAGAAUAUAUUAACGCUUUUCAAGCUUGGUCCUCAUUACAUGGGAAGCAUGCAGGCACCCCAGUUCAUAGGCCCCGAACCCUUCCCGGCACUUCUGGCCGAGGAGAAAGUGGUCUUUGGUUUGAACGCCAAAGCGAUGUCGCAGUUGACGCUUGCUAAGAUCAGAAAGGUUUACAGUAGAGCUGACAACAAGUCUAUAGCUAAGCAGCUUGGCAUGUCUUCUCAUGAGAAUGCAACACCUAUCAGAGUUCUUCAUAACUCGGCGGGGCACCUCAGUGGCCCAGCCAGAGCUCUUGGUGGCGUUGUCGUGGGGUACCUAGGGGUGAGGGUCUUCAACCCUCGUCCGGUGGCGACGACGAUAGAUAAUGUCGGAGGGUGCUCUGUUCUCCUCGGCCUGAUCGCAAUGGCGCAGGACGUGGAGUCCCUCUACGCUGCGGUGAAGGCACUCGUCUGCGUCGUGAGGUCUAAUCAAGCAGCGCAGCAGGAGAUGGAUCGUCGGAGGGGGUACCAGACCCUCGCGAUGUUACUGAGGAGAAAGUGCCCUUUACUGAACAGCCACAUUCUGCAUCUGACCUUCAGCCUCGUGGGUACCGUAGACAGCGGACGAGAGACAAGUGCCAUUCCAAACGUUACAGCGUUCCAAGAUCUCCUCUGUGACCUUCAGGUGUGGCACGAGGCACCUGGUGAACUCCUUCGUUCAUUACUGGAACAUCUUUACGAGCUUGUCGCAGAGUCCAACGAGAAGCGAACCAACCUGAGACUCAUGAGGGAUCUUCAACUCGUUCAUAAACUCCUUCACAUUCUCAGCGAAGUGAAGCAGAACUCCACGAGGCAGGUGUUGCUGGCACUUUUGAGUAUUCUUCUGGCGCAGCCCAGGCAAGCUGACCUCCUCUGGUUCGGUCAGUUCAUCGUGGCCACACUGCCAGUCAUGUCGGAGAAGCAUCUCGUGCCGAGGGAGAACGAAGGACCGAAGGAGGGAGAGGGCGAGAUCAUUCUACUGAGGAACAGAUGUCUCCAGCUCCUUCAUUCGUUGUUAUUCAACGGGAACAAGGUCAACGCCACCAUGUGCGACGAACUGGCAAAGGUUCUGGGGCUCGACUGGGUUCUCUUGUUCCUCCAACCUGGUCUCCACAGUACGACAGUCGUCUGGGGACUGCGGAUCCUCGUGGCGAUCUGUUCGGUCCAACCGAUUCUCCAGAAAUUCAAGGACGGUACCAGUAACGGCGGCUGGUUAAGACACACCGAUCAUAAUAAGAUGGCAAUGGCCCUUGGUUGUCAGCAACAAAAUGCCCCUGGAGAGGUCAAACCCUCGGGUCUUCACGUUCCAGGUUUUCAGCAUCUGGGAUGGCUACUACCUCAACACGUCGACCUUGUCCCAGAACUUUAUUUCCUUUUUAUAGCCCUGAUGAUGGGACAACCCAUCAAACUACUGCCAGCUGACUCCAAACUCGAGCUUGAUAACGUCUGGAACUUCAUGUUUGGAGUACCCGCCAAUCACUCAUUAUCAUCAUUUGCAUCUAAGAUCAAUCUCUGUCCAGAUGCUGUUGUUACACUCCUCGCUAUGGUCAGAACCAUGCUCAACAUGCACUUCAACUCACCGGAUGGUAUACCGGAGUGGCUGAACGACUACCCUGUAACCAUCAUCCAAUUUCUAUUCUUCCUCUAUCAUAACUUCACGGACUUUAUGCAGGUGUUUAUGUCGGCUGAGGUACUGGGAGCCCUCGCAGGGACCCUAUUCCCGAAGCCUUUGAGUGGUUCUCAAGACAGCAGUGGUGCCAGCACACCAGCUGACGACCAAGAACCAGUCCUCGUGAGGUCACCCUCCAAGGACAUUGGAUUGACGAAUCAUUCAGCCAGAAAAUUCGUGAUGGACUUCCUUCGAGUCAUCGUCGUUGACUCCUUGUCACUACCUGUCACAGCAAAGUCCCCAAGGGUCAUCGAUCUCGUCCUGGAGGCCUGGCCGGAGUACGCCUCCACUGGUCAGCAGACGAGAUACCAGACCGAAAUCCUAUCGAUUCUUAUGGAGCAUCUUCUGGCUGCUGAUGUUCUCAUCGGCGAGCAGGCAGCAUUGCCUGUCGUUCCUGGAGGGUCCACCAACAACAUCACGAGUAAUGUCUGUUACGUAGCUGCGAGGAUAGUGGAUAAACUCUGGCAAGGGGCGCUGACGAAGGACCCCCACGAGAUCUUCGACUUCAUAGUCAAACUUAUUGGCCAAGCCAAAAGACGACCAGGAGCUGUCAGUAUGGAGGGUCUCCACCAGUGUCUCAACAGAACGAUUCUCUUCCUGCUGUCGAGAACAACAGACUCCAUCGCUGAUCAGAUGGCAGUGCUAGAGGCCCUCCACAAGCUGACGACCCACCGUCUCCUGGUCUUCGGCGCUGGCAACCACGAGCCCGAAUUCAUCAGCUGUUUGACAUACUGCCUGCUUCAGCUGACAGCAGACAUCAAGAUCAUGCUGGACACCAACAUGAAGACCACGUGGCACGUCAAUCCUCAGGUAGAGUCCAGUGACGACCGUCUGACCUCACACCAAGGCCACAAUCUCAUGGCGGUGGCUGCCACACGUGUCUGGGAGGAGCUGUACGUCUGCAAGAAACCGGCGAUCGAAGAAGUCUUCAAGAUCACUCUCCCCCCGCCGAUCGGAAACGAAAGGGCCCCGGAGCUCUCAGUGGUGCGAGAGUUAGUUCACGAACAGGCGACGAGGCUCUGGCUCAACUACGUGGUUCUAGAGAGAAAGGCUUCGUACAGGGGCCCCUGGGAACUCCACAACCAGAUUCAAUCGAAGAUCCAGAAAGUGACGGGGGGUCUUACACGAUUAGCCAGCAGGACAAAAGUCAGGAAGGAAGAGUCCAUCCGACCGAGAUUGAGACUCCACCACAGCACAGUCGCCCAGUGGACCGAGCAACACGUAGCUCUAGUCCGAGAACUAGCGGCUUCUAAGAAACUACAGCAGCAGCAAACGUACCAACACACUCAGCGAUACGUCUACCAGGAAUGGCUGCAAACAGAAACCGAAUUGACGAGGGAGCGGGGUCUGUGGGGCCCUCCCACCCCCACAAUCCUCGACAAAUGGAUGCUGGACAUGACCGAGGGCCCAUGCAGGAUGCGCAAGAAGAUGAUGAAGAACGAUCUCUUCUAUAUUCACUACCCCUACCGCCCGGAGCUGGAUCAUCCCGAUAAUAAACAGCUGAAGUACAAGGUGGCUUCGAGCAAUGACAGCAAGGAGUACUACCUGAAGCAACUGGGGAACAACUCAGGGAUGUUCGAGAGAGAACGGGAUCCCGUGAUUGAUGACACCCCUCUGAACGUCAAUGAAGGAUCGACUGAGAGCGAGCCUCCGAUGGUCCCCUGCACACUGGAACGCCAUGCCAGCGAGCCUGACGAGACCACUGAGGACAAUGAACAGGAGGAGGAGAACCAGGCUGUGCCUGAUAAUCAAACCUUGUUGAGAUUGCUUGAAGAACACGAGAAGAUCAGCCACAUGUUCAGGUGCGCUAGGAUCCAAGGGUUGGACACGACAGAAGGCUUGUUACUCUUCGGAAAGGAACACUUUUACGUGAUCGAUGGGUUUACCCUGCUGAAGAGCCGGGAGAUUCGGGACAUCGAGAGCCUUCCGGACGCCUACGAACCUAUUCUACCAUCUCCGGGGUCUCCCCGGAGGUCACGCGCCAUGAGGCAGUGCUCUAAGUUCAAUUACGAAGACAUCAGAGAGGUCCACAAGCGAAGGUACCUUCUCCAGCCGAUGGCGCUAGAAGUUUUCUCUGGGGACGGACGAAACUACCUCCUGGCGUUCCCGAGGAAAGUCAGGAACAAGGUGUACCAGAGGUUCAUGACGUUCGCAACGGCAAUCGCUGACAGCGCACAUCAGUCCGUAGCGGGACAGAAGAGGACAGCUAAUGUGGAACAAGCAACAGGACUCUUGUCUAAUCUCAUUGGAGAGACAUCUGUCACGCAACGUUGGGUCAGAGGGGAAAUCUCCAACUUCCAGUAUCUGAUGCAUUUGAACACCCUGGCAGGCCGGAGUUACAACGACCUGAUGCAAUACCCGAUCUUCCCCUGGAUCCUAGCUGAUUAUGACACUGAGGAGAUUGACUUCAAUGAUCCCUCGACGUUCAGGGACUUUACGAAGCCGAUGGGAGCUCAAAGCCCUGAAAGACUCUUGCAGUUCAAGAAGAGGUACAAGGAGUGGGACGACCCACACGGGGAGACACCUCCGUACCACUUCGGCACCCACUACUCCUCAGCGAUGAUCGUCUGUUCGUAUCUCGUUCGGAUGGAGCCGUUCACUCAGCACUUCCUGCGGCUCCAGGGAGGGCACUUCGAUCUGGCUGACAGAAUGUUCAAUAGUGUCAAGGAGGCCUGGCUGUCUGCAUCAAAGCACAACAUGGCGGAUGUCAAGGAGCUGAUUCCCGAGUUCUUCUACCUUCCUGAGUUCCUGGAGAACUCUAACCACUUCGAUCUGGGGUCGAAGCAGUCAGGGGUUCAGCUCGGAGACAUCGUCCUACCACCAUGGGCCAAACAGGACCCCCGAGAGUUCAUCAGGGUCCAUAGACUAGCACUGGAAUGUGACUACGUCUCCCAGAACCUCCACCACUGGAUCGACCUGAUCUUCGGGUACAAGCAGAACGGUCCGGCAGCUGUGGACGCUGUCAACGUCUUUCACCAUCUGUUCUACGAGGGCAACGUUGACAUCUACAACAUCGAUGAUCCUUUGAAGAAGAACGCCACCAUAGGAUUCAUCAACAACUUCGGCCAGAUCCCGAAACAGCUGUUCAAGAAGCCCCACCCCUGCAAGAAGAUGAGUGUAAGAACCUCGGUGAUCGACCCCGGGCCGAUAACCCCGGGCCUCAGCAUCACAGCGUCUGACCGUCUCUUCUUCCACAAUCUAGACAACUUGAAGCCCUCAUUGCAACCGAUCAAGGAACUCAAGGGGCCGGUGGGCCAGAUCCUCCACGUCGACAAGUCUGUUCUCGCGGUGGAGCAGAACAAAUGCUUAAUCCCCCCGUCCUUCAACAAGUACGUCGCCUGGGGUUUCGCCGAUCACUCUCUGAGAAUAGGAAAUUACGACUCUGAAAAAGCAAUAUUCGUCUGCGAAGCGAUGAUGCAGAGCAGCGGAGAGAUUGUCGCCUGCGUAUGUCCGUCUUCCAAGCUGAUUGUGACCGCCGGUACCAGCUCGGUGGUGACGGUCUGGGAGUACUCGAAGCGUCAGUUAUCGAUAAAGCAAUGUCUGUAUGGUCAUACUGAAGCAGUCACCUGUCUUGCGUGUUCUCCAGCUUACAACGUCAUCGUGUCCGGCUCCAGAGAUGGCACAGCCAUCAUCUGGGACCUCUCGAGAUGCCUCUUCGUAAGGCAGCUGAGAGGCCAUGCUGGACCGGUGGCUGCAGUCGCCAUUAACGAUCUGACAGGUGACAUCGCCACGUGUGCAGCAACCUGGCUGCACGUCUGGAGUAUCAACGGGGAGGAGCUAGCCAGUGUCAACACAUGCGUCGGUCGAGCUGACAGGAUGCAGCAGAUCCUCUGUGUUGCCUUCAGCCAGACACACGAGUGGGACUCGCAGAACGUUGUUAUGACGGGGUCCACUGACGGCGUCGCCAGGAUGUGGUCCAUGGAUUACGUUCAGGUACCCGCAGAGGAGGACAAACCCGAGGAAACCGUCGUCAGAGAGACUAAACGCCAGCUGACUGAGGAACAGGACAGAACGCAAAACACCAAGAAGAGGGUUCACGAACUGGUGAAACAGAUGAGCAUUUCUGCGGAGGAGUCUGGGAUGCUGAUGAAGAGUGGAUCUGAGAGUAGUUUGUCGGAGGCUGAGGGCUCCAAGGAAGCCCUCAGGGUUCAUGAGGAGAAGGAGGAGUGCUCUGACAAUGAAUCAAGCAAUGGUUCCGGUCAUAAGAGCUCGUCGAGAAGUGCUCAGUCACCGACGGUUGUAUUGAGGAGAAAGAGUCGGGGGAAUCCCAUGUUUAGGAAGAGCGAGGGUGGGGGGAGGGCGGAUAGCGAGGGGACACGAGUGGAUGAAGCUAGUAGCGCUCCGGUCGACUCGGAGGGAGCUCUCAGGACCAGCAAGAGUGACACCAGUCUCACCGAUAGCUUCGUGAUGGUGAACGAGGCAGAUACCAAACCCAAGAGGAUCAAUCCUCAGAAUAUCCUAAGGGAGGGGUUCAAGUGGCAGAGACAGCUUGUUUUCAGGAGCAAGUUGACGAUGCACACGGCGUAUGAUAGAAAGGAUAAUGCGGAGCCUGCCUCCAUUGCUGCUCUCGCUGUCUCCAGGGAUCACAGGACUGUUUAUGUGGGGGACACCAGGGGGAGGGUUUUCUCGUGGAGUGUUUGUGAGCAGCCUGGGAGAACUGUUGCUGAUCACUGGUUGAAGGAUGAAGGGGCAGAUUCUUGUGUGGGGUGUGGAGUCCGGUUUAAUAUUUAUGAGAGGAGGCAUCACUGCAGGAAUUGCGGCCAAGUCUUCUGUUCUAAAUGCAGCAGAUUUGAAUCCAAAAUAUCACGACUAGGAAUAUUGAAGCCUGUACGUGUCUGCCAGGGAUGCUACGCCUCCCUGAGAUCCCAGAAUUCAAUGGAAAGCAACAAUACCUAAUACCUGAAUUCCAAAGCCAGAUUUCUACGUAGUUAGAUGACUCUAAUGAAACCACCAAAUGUCCUUCCAGAUGAUUUUAUUAUCGAGGCAAUUCCAAUCUACGUGAGUAUCAUAUUUUCACAGAGUUCAUUAAUUCAUUGAAACAACACCGUUUAUUGAAAUUGGAUAUCUUCGAUGUGAUGAUUUUUCAGUCGUGGCCCUGUCGAAGAUUGAUAAUUUUUUUUUUCUCAUCAUUGUUUCUCAGAGAAAUAUAAAGAAAAAUAGGUUGAUAGGGAUCGUUGAUAGAUGAGCCUACAGAAUUAUUUGUUUCUGUUCCCCAAUGGGGAUGAUGUUAAUCGUAUUUCUGUACAAUGUAUAAUCAUGAAUGUUAGGAUUUAAGGGCUGAUGCAUUACUUACAAUCUGUGAUUUUUUUACUCGUCUCGUAACGAAUUAUUUUCCAAUAAGUUUUUUUAAAUUUUAUUUUCAUUGAGGGAUGUUUUAAUGAGAAUUAUUAAUUUACGGUUCUUGUAAGUUUUAUUUCUUUUGACAAUUUUUAUUCAUUUCAUAAAUUUAUUUUAGUUGAUUUAUCAAUCAUUUCAAGACACUGUGCUAUCAUAGACAAUACCAUAUUCGCAUAAAAUGUCUGAACAAAAUAAUAAAGUGAACAAAUACCUUAAGAAAAAUUCAUCUGAAAAAAAAAUGAUAAAAAUUCCAUAAAAAGCAAAAAAUGAGGGGAAAAUUUGAUACAAAAAAAUAAUGAGAAUGAGAAACGUAAACGGCUUAGACUAGAGUUAUCAUACGUGUGUAUAGAAUUUAAUGUGGAAUUAUGUAGACAUUAGUGCAUAACAAUCAAGACCUAUUGAGACAUGAGUUAUUGAUGAGAGGGCAUGGGAAAUUUUCGAGUGACAAUCGACUAUCGAUCAAUGGAUUGAACCAUUCUCCGAAGAUUUCUGAAGCCGAUAAAUUCUAAAGGAUGAUAAAUUAUUCAAGAAUGAAGUAUUAAUUAACGGUGUCCCCCGUUGCAUCAAAGAGAAGCCAAAUGUAUCACAGAAAAAAGGCUGAAUCAGUGCUGUAUAAAGAAAAUUAUAAAACACGAUCAAUAUUCUCUAUUGUUACAUUAUGAAUUAGUUGAAUUGAAUAUCUUAGAUGAGGGAUAGUUGAUAGAGGGGAUUGAGAGGAAUAAUUAGUGAAUGUUCAAGCCCACAGAAUAGUGAAGAUGAAUUAAAUGGAUAAUUAGGCAUGCAAAGGGGAAAAGUCAGUCAUUUUUUCAUUGAUUGCAUUUUUAUUCUACUCUUUCUGAAAUUAUUUUUCGCAAAUUGACAUUUUAGGAUUUUUUAUCGUUGGUAAAAUGAGAUUGUGACAGUGUUUCGUCGACAUACGCAUAUUUUACUGUGUAAAAUUUAUUCGAUAUAAAGGCACAGCAGGAUAGUUUCUAGUCACGAGUGUGUGUCGGUGCCUUUUGUAUGAAUUUCGUCAGAUUGCUUUAAUUCUACGUUUAUCCGAUUUUUUUCCAACAGAAUUAACGAAUCAGUAUGGAUUAUCGAUUUUUUUAGGAAUAUUCGACAGUAUUAUAAAUUGAUUUUAAUAUAUUUUGAAUUGUAUAUAAGGACAUUUUUUAUCGCAUCUCGAUGUUAUAAUUUUGUUUUAAUCAAAAAUUAUAUAAUUUCCGAUAAAGUCAGAUUUCAUGUAUUUCUUCAUUAUAACAAUCAUUUCAAUUAAUUGUGAUAUUACAUUCGGUUUUUUUCCAUCAAUUAAGGUCUCAGUGUUGUUUACAAAUUGAGAGAUGAUUUGUUAAAAUCGAGGGAAAUCAUUUUUUUUCUGAUAACUGUAGCAAUGGUACAUGUGAAUAAUAUACUAUACCAGCUGAGAGAAUGAUGAAUAAUAAAAAUCAACUAAUUUGUUACAUUAAACGGAAAAUAAACAUGAUUUUGAUUAAUAGCCACUGAAUAUCUUGAAGUGUAUAUAAUGACGCAAGCAAUUGAAUAAUAAAGAGGAAGUUAUGGUUACAUAGCACCCGAUGGCUUUUAUCGCCCAGACACAGAGCACGAUCAGUAGAUUAUAAAUUGAUUAUACAUACCAAAGGAAAUAAAGAUGAAUGAAAUAAAUAUAUAUUAUACAUGAC